UGCAACCUCCACUUUGCUUUCGACACCAGCAGAGACGAGGCGACACAUGCAGACCAUUGCACAUCACUGACGAAUAAUUUUGAGCAGAUCAUUUAGCAGCAAGUAAAUGUCCCGAUGCCAUCGUCUGAACCAUCCACCGAUGUCGUUGUCGAGCGCACACUUAUCCAAUCUUCUGCUAUUAGUACUUUCCCAACAAUUUCACGUACACUUGCAGAUGUGCGUGAAGAGGUUGCCCAGAGCCUCGCACUCCGUAUGAUCACAAAAGCACGCACCGUCGAUGGUGUCCGCAUAGGUGUCCACUUCACCUUCUCGAAGAAAGACGAUGGUCGCUUUCUUCGGCUUAUCACUUCCCAUAUCCGUGCACGACUACCUUCCUCCCGAUAUCUCUUCGCUAUAGCCACAACUGGUUCAUCCCCGACAAGUCGUGAUACCCGGGACCGCGCACGCACUUCAAAUGCGCUCGUUAUCUGUGGGUCAGAUGAAGAUGAUGUUCAGCGUGCUGUACUCCUCGCAUCCUCUAAAUUUUUGGGACGUGUCGAUGCAGUUCAAAACACGGGUACUCUCCUUGCUGCCUCUGUAAGGCAUAUUGGCUCAUCUUAUGAUGACGCUGCCUUAUGGGACGUGUUGUCCAAGUCUGUGCGCACUCCCAUCGAUCCUCUUCUCCCUCCACCCGGAUCUCGCAGCAUUGAUCAACUUCUAUCUGAUGCUCGAUCAAAGCUCGAGAGAAUGACGCCACGACAAGCCUAUGAAGCCCUUCACGACCCCACAUACCCAAUGCCGGUCUUUCUGGUAGAUAUUCGCCCAGCUUCCCAACGUGCUCGUGAAGGCGGGAUUCACGGAUCCCUCAUCAUCGAGCGAAACGUUCUGGAAUGGCGUUUUGACCCACGUUGCGAAGCACGACUUGCAAUCGCAGAUCGUUAUGAUUUAAAGAUAAUCAUAUAUUGUCAGGAGGGGUACACCAGCUCUUUGGCUGCGGCAUCCCUCCACGAACUUGGGUUGCUCAAUGCGACUGAUAUAGUGGGCGGUUUUGCCGCAUGGCGUGCGGCUGGCCUACCAGGUCAAAUAAAGCCCCCGUCCACUAUCAGCGACGAAGAAAGCUAUCAAAUCAGCCAGCCUUCGUUUGAUUCUGACGAUGUGAUUGACGGUAUUUGACUAGUUUUGAUGUCAAUCGCGUAUUUUAGUAUACCCAGAUUUAUGAGCCGUUAUAAUUAUUAUGCACAAGUGCUAUGGAAAUCGAUCACAACCAAAAAUACA